CGGCGAGUUUCGAUCACGACAACGAACCAGUGUGGUCACGUAGGCCCACCGAAUCGCAUGUGGUGGAUGGAUCUUUCUCACUUCGAAUCGACGCCGAGUUAAAAAACAUGUUAUAACCGCGUUGUAUCCUCUCGUUAUCGCGCGAAACGAGUAACGUCGAUAUAAUUAACGCGUUAAAGGACGACGAUCAUCAGCUGCGAGCCUAGAGAGAGAGAAAAAGAAAGAAAGAGAGAGAGAAAGAGAGAGAGAAAGAGAGAAAGACAGAGACAGAGACAGAAACAGAGAAAAAGACAGAGAAAGAGAGAGAGAGAGAAAGAAAGAGAGAGAGAGAGAGUUAGAGAGAGAGAGAACGGUAAUUGAAACACAAGGCAUUUAUCCUUCGACGAUUAUAUACAUACAUAUAUUCGGACGUCUAACGAGAAGCGGCGAGUAUCACCGAAUUGUGUUUGUCUCUUUCGGGCUCAAUGGCCGAAUAUCAGAGCCGCCAACGAACGAGGGUAUUGAGGGAAGGGGGAUGACAUUAAGAGGGUUGGAUGGUAGGGGGGAAAAGCAAGUUUAUAGGAUAUAAACAGUAAUCUAGGAGUAAACGCAGAUUUUAAUAGAAGAUCAUCUCUGCUCUGAAGCCUUAGUGACUUGCAUGAUCAUAAACGCUCUACAACUUAUCUACAAGCUAACGUGUGAUAUAAAAUGAAGUGGUCCCCGGGUGCUCUGUUUUGUGAACAAGUGGGUGAACUUACUCGGGUAUUCUCUCAGUGGAACGAGUGCGAACAAACCGUGGUACUUUAUGCUCUACUUCGUCGCAUCCCUGCUGUUCAAGCAAGAUUUCUGGCUCAGGCUGUACAACAUUCUCUUCACUCUGUUUCUGAGUUGGAUACACAAGAAUUGAAUGCUAACAAUCCAGCCUUCAUUAAUUCAUUACUCACAGAACCGACUGAAGUUGCAAUCAAUCAACUUUUAACACAUCUCCCGCUUUUAAGGCCUGGAAAUGUAGAAUGCAAACAAUGUUAUCUUAUAGCAAUACCUGAAUUAGUGAGUCAUUGUGUGACCACUGGUCAAUAUACAGAACAGACACAGCAGUUGCUAAGUUACACGUUAAUUCAUCCUGCUAUAACUAGUCAAGACAGACGCUCGUUAACCCAAUGGCUAAGGCAUCUCGAAGAACGUAUCAGUGGCACUCCAUCUAUUCAUAGCCUCGAAGAAUAUACGAACACCUCAACUAGGUGGGAUAAUGUAUGGCAAAGAAGUUCUAAACAGCAACAACAACAACAACAACAGCAAUCAAAUGAACAAACACAUUUGUUUGGCACACAGCCUACUACUACAUUUAAUUUACAGUUUCCUCCUCCCGUAACUCGUCAACGUCGUUCAAAUAGUUUGACUCCUCCUGUUGCACCACCACAUCAUCUUGAAGUCGUUGAUCGUAGCAACAAUGCAAAUAAUUCCACAAGACACAAACCACGCAGUUUUAGUAUCUCCGGAGAUCAUACCAGCAAUCUAAUAGGUUUAGGUCCUCUUAGUCCACAGAGUUCUUGCGCAAGUAGUGGUAGUGAGGGUCGUUUAGAUGAAGCUUCGAAUCGUACAUUGGCAAGCGGAAUGAAAGAUGUACCAUCAUGGCUUAAGACAUUACGCCUUCACAAAUAUAGCUACUUGUUUGUUACCCUAAGUUACGAAGAAAUGUUACAAUUAACCGAAGAACAAUUAGCCGAGCAAGGUGUAACAAAAGGAGCCAGGCAUAAGUUAGCUCUUUCAAUUGCUAAAUUGCAACAACGUUACACGACUCUUGUUAACUUAGAAAAAGAUCUGUUACAACCAACUCGUGAUGGUACACAAGGAACUUCAUUUUCACAAGGGCCAAUACUGCUUGUCAAUACUCUUGAUGAAUUGAAGACAAUAUUAGCUACACCUUUAAAACCAAGUCAGGAAAGUGAUCCUCAGGAUAUACCUGCGCAGUUUACGAAAGUCCUUGGAAAACUUUGUAGCAGACUGGCACUGGAUAGUGUAGACGAUGGAAUUUUAUGUGCAUGCAUUAAUAUAUUAGAAAAAGUAUUGCAACAUGACUGCUUUACUCCAAAUCAAAAGGAGAAGGUACAACAAUGGCGUAGCAGACUUGGCAAUCCACGACCCACACCGAAAUGGCAAUAUAAUUAUGGAUAUAAUAAUCGAAGAUUCUGUAAUCUUCAACAACACAAUAGAAAACCGAGUUUAAAUUUGAGUCAUAUUCACAAUACUCAUUCACAUAACAAUUCUUUUAGCAUCAGCCCACAUAGAAAUAGUAUAUCUACACCGUAUAUACAAAAUAAUCAGAUCCAAACUAUGAAUCAGAAUAACUUACGUCCAGUACAUACGGCUGAGAAAAGACCUAGUUUACAGGAGAAUAGUUUGGAGCAACUUCAAAGAACGUUGCAACGAACAUAUAGUGCACCAAGAGAUCAUUUUCUUGGCCAAGGAGGUGGUGGUGGCGGAGGAGGAGGAGGAGGAGGUGGUGGUGGUAGUGGACCGGAAACAACAGAACCGGAAAUAAAUUCAAGCCUUGAAUCUCUCUGCUUGAGAAUGACCGAACAAGCGAUUGGUGGUUUUGGUGAAGUCUAAAAGAACAUUUCUCCUCCGUGGCCAUAUUAAUGGACGUAUCGUAAGUUCCGUUUAAAAACGAAAGAAAAACAAACAAAAAAAAAAACCAGAAAACAAAACAAAGAUCACACACUAAUACUUGUCCAAAUAAUCAAUCAUUGCCAAAAGUGGGUAAGAAAAG